AUGAUUUUCAAAAGUCACAUUGUGAAUACCUACAACCUAUGGGUUGUGGUCUUUGUGGCCAUAGGUAUCAUCUCUAGUGCCUAUGGACUGGCCAUCAUCGGUUCAACCGUAGGCCAGCCCAACUUCUACACCUAUUUUAACUUAGCAACCCAAGGCGAGCCUGGGUAUGCGCAUACAACAAACAUCAUUGGCGCGCUGAAUGGUGUCAAUUCGGCAGGUGCUAUCGCAGGUUGCUUGUUUCAGGCUUGGGCGGCGGAUUUUUACGGUCGUAAACGUACGAUGCAGAUCGGCUCUGUUGUUUUAAUUGUUGGUGGUGCUCUUUGUUCAGGAGCAGUUGAUAUAGCCAUGUUCUUAGUCGGUCGGUUCGUGGCUGGUGCUGGAGCGGGAAUUCUCGCGUGCGUCGUACCCAUGUACCAGGCAGAGGUGUCGACUGCGGAGACUCGUGGUGCCAUGGUGGCAAUUACGGGCAUCAUGUACGCAGUUGGAUACAGCCUAGCAGGCUGGUUAGGGUAUGCAUGCUACCACAUGAAAGCGACCGAUCUACAUGCUUCCUUCGCUUGGAGGUUUCCUCUAGCCUUUCAAGUCCUUUUCCCAGUAAUUGUCCUAGCGGGCAGCCCUUUUAUUCCAUAUUCUCCUCGUUGGUUACUUCAGCAAGGCAGACGAGAUGAAGCCUGGACUAUUGUCCAGCGUCUGCACAAAACGCCGGACGACCCAAAUAGUUUUCGAGCUCGGCAAGAGAUAUACAUGAUGGAGAAACAACACGAGCUCGACAAAUCCAUGACAACCCGUCGUUUCGAGAUUUUCCGCACUGCCGCAAACCGAAAACGUGCUCUUAUGGCUUUCCUCCUCAUGUGGGGAGAUCAAUUUCUAGGUAUUUUCGUUAUCACUAAUUACGGAGUCCUUAUUUAUGCCAGUCUCGGCCUGACGGGAUCUGUGCCACUCCUGCUCAACGCCUGUUGGACAAGCUUUACGCUGAUUGGAAAUACAUGGACGGCAUUCUAUAUAGACCGAUUUGGUCGUCGUCGCUUCAUGUUAAUUGGAUCCAUUGGUUGCGUAUGUUCUCUGGUAUUCCUGUGCGCUCUGACUGCGAGAUACUUGGGUACAGACAACACCGCUGCUCUUCGAGCAACAGUAUUUUUCAUAUUCUUCUACUGCUUUUGGUGGUGUUUCUUUGUCGACGCAACACAGUACGUGUAUGUUCCCGAAAUUUUUCCGAGUCAUCUUCGUACUCAGGGUGUGGCUAUUGGCUUGAGUGGAUAUUAUUUGGCAUCUGAAGUCACUUUAGUAGCAGCCCCAGUCGCACUCAACAGUAUUGGGUGGAAAUUUUACCUUGUGCUUAUUGUUCCGUCUGUUUUAUACAUUUGUUACAUCUAUUUUUUCUUUCCCGAAACAAAAGGAAGAACACUGGAGGAAAUUGGCGAGCUAUUCGGUGAUGGGGAUCGCGUUGCUUCACAUUGGUACAACGCCACGGAAGAGGAGCGCGAGAAGAUUGCUGCAGAGGCUAUGCGUGAGAUAAACUCUCAAGCAAAGAUGGGUGUUGUUUCCGAUGAAGAGCUAAAAGGAAGCGAUGCCCAGGUUGAAAUCGUUCCCUAG